ACCAAACCUUCAUUUGUAAGGAUUAUAUUUUUAGUUAUGUAUGCAUAUGUUAGAAAAUGAUUUCUUUGAACAAGAUAUCUAACAAUGGUAUCCCAGCAACGACACAAAACAAACAAAAUGGCAGACAACUAAAGAUGUGUGUGUUGAACCCAUAUCCAGUAAAAACGAUCAAACUUCCAGCAACGUAUCGUUUGUUGAUAAACAGUGAAGGUCAAUAUAUUUUGUCACCAGUGACAGAGGAGAGUGUGAAGAUGAGCCAAUCCUGCAAGUUUUGUUUAAGAUCUUUUUUAUCACUACACCAACUUUUACGACAUGUUCAACUCACACAUAAAGUUAUAAAAGUGGUUACCUGCCCUGUCUGUAGACGAUCGCACGAAUCUUCUAAUUCUUUCUACAAACAUUACGUUUUAAAGCAUGCCUGUAAAUACACAGAAAACAAAGGAAGCAGCAAAGACGAAACAAAAAACCGAGGGGAAAGAAAAAUCAGGCUGCCCAAGAGAUUUCAAAAGCAGUAUGUUGAAGAUUUUCUGUCAGAAUAUAAAGUUGUUUGUAAUGACAACAAAAACAGCUCUCAAACAUCAAAUUCUAGUGGUAUACACCAUGAAAAACUAACAAGGGGUAAAAGAUUUCAAUGCUUGGAAUGUCCAGAAGUAUUUUGGGAAGCGCAGAAGUUCAAGAGACAUAUAGUAGACAAACAUAGCACGACAAAAACUUUCACUUGUGAGGUGUGUAAUGAAGUGUUUGUGAGUAGUGGGAAGUUCAAACAGCAUUGCAAGCAACAUGGAAUCAGUCGACCGUUUAAAUGCCAACAAUGUGGCAAUCGGUUUGCUUAUGAAGGUGUUUUGAAGGUGCAUUACAGAUCGCAUAACGAUGAACGGCCUUACCAAUGCAAGCAUUGCGAUCGUGCAUUUAGCCAGAAGAGCACUUUGUCCUCUCACAUGCAACGACAUACCGGAGAAACGCCACAUGUGUGCGACGUUUGCGGACGAGCAUUUGCGAUAAAAGGUGAUUUGCGCACGCACUCACGCAUACAUAGUUGCGAUAAACCAUUUUCGUGUGAAACCUGUGGUAGAUCUUUUCCGCGCAAAUCGAAUUACCUAAGACACAUGCGUAAACAUACUGGCGAGAAGCCGUUUGCGUGCCAGUAUUGUCCGAAACGAUUUUCACGCUCUGAAAAAUGUGCAGAGCAUGAAAGAAGUCACACUAACGAACGACCAUUCUCUUGUGAAGAUUGCGGAGCGAGAUUUAGUUGUUCAGGAAAUUUUUCGAAACAUCGGAAAUUGCAUAAAGACGGCAAGUACGUAAGAAAAAGAGCUACGAGCUAUCGUGCGACGUCGGUGAUAAAAAGACGGGUUAUUGAGACAAAUGAGUCGCACAACACUCCACUGAUAGAAAAACACACCGACGAUACGAAACACACUUUCCUAACAAAAACAAUCGCAACUCAAGAUGAUGAACAUGUUGAUGAACCAAUGUUCAUAAACAUUUGCCGACAGCCAACAGAAAAAAUUAAGCAAGAAAUAUCACACGAAGUGGACACUGCUUGUAUAAGCGAGCCUACAAAUCCGCCAAUAACUGGCCAAUUCAUUAGCCUGACCAGUGAUGACAUGAAAUCUUCUCAUGAUCAAUUUAUCACACUCACUGGUACAGAUGGGAGGGUUGCGAGCGAUGACUUUAAAUUUGUAAAUCUCAUAAGUGGCGAGAACUUCGAACCUGUGUGUGUUAAUACUAGUAACAUAAUAACAUUGCCAGAUCAUGUUGAAGGUUUGCAAGCUAACUUGGUGCAUAAUCAAGCAUACCUUAUGCUCGAUUCAUAUCCUAGUGACUCUUUUGCGCAAGAUGGAUGUUUGACGAUUCAAAAUCCUUCCUUAUUCUUGCAUUCAACGACGGAAGUGCACACUGAAAAUUUUUCGUAUGAACUAUCAUCCGCGGAGAACGGGUUAACCAGCUCAGUGAUGCAUCAGCAUGACUCAUCAUUUUUUACGCCUCGAUCACCACUUCCAUCUGAAAAUGAGCUCAUAUGUGCAGAACUCGACGUCAAGCAGACUUUAGACACAAACACCUUUCUUAACGAUGAUUAUUUUAAAAAUUCUGGGACGCUUUCUACGUGAAUAUUUUUAGGUAAACAUAUUGUAAAAUAAUUUGUUGUUUUGACGACAUAUUACAUAUUAGUUAGUUUUAACCAAAUCAAUCAACAUAUAUAAAAUAGAAA